GAGGAGAAGAGGCCACAGGAGGGGAGGCAUAAUUACACGGAGAGAGGAAGAGAGAUGAAGGCUAAAGAGUGUGUGGACAUAUUUUAUCCCUAUAUUUAAGUGAGAUUUAACAGAAAUUUCACUUUUGGGUAGUCUUGGAAAUUCGCUAUCACCACACGGUGACCAUUAAUCGUCCGAUUUGGCCUAGAGUUAAAGGCACCCUCAAAGCUUCAGUAUAGUAUAGUCUGCCUUCCUCAAGAGAACAACACCAAAAUAUGAGACACAUUCGCUUGAUCUCCACCACAACUGUUCAACCGACAACCCACAGUGAUGAGUUAACUCGUAGAAUUGAGUUAACUCCAUGGGAUCUGCAAUUCCUCCUUGUAGAUCAAGUCCAAAAGGGCCUUCUUUUCCACAAACCUACUUCUACUAACUGUGGGAAUGAAGACCUAAAGAAUAACCUAGUCGAACACUUAAAGUCCUCUUUCGCCACCGCCUUGGACAUCUUCUAUCCCCUCGCUGGUCGUCUGGCCAUCACGGAAAAUAAAGACGAUAACACCACCUCUUUCGCUGUCGAAUGCAAUGGCGCCGGAGCUGAGUUUGUCCACGCGGUUGCUGAUGGAGUCACUGUGGCGGAUAUCCUCGACCCUGUCUUGGUCCCCGAUGAAAUUGUCUACGACCUCUUUUCCAUGAAUGGGGCAUUGAAUUACGAAAGUGUGACCAAACCCCUUCUUGCAGCGCAAGUAACAGAGCUGGUUGAUGGCGUUUUCAUAGGUUGCACAAUGAACCACUUGGUUAUUGAUGGGUCGACAUUCUGGCAUUUCUUCAACACUUGGUCCGAGAUCUCUCGCGGUGGUGGUGGUCGCGAUGGAAUUUCGCAGUCACCUCGUAUUUUUGGCCGUGAGUUUCUGGACGGCAUCAUUGAUCUUCCAGUUCGCAUUCCCUUCUUCCGCAGUCAGAUCCCAGAUAAAUUUCUACCACCGCCUCUUAAACAACGGGUAUUUCAUUUCCCCAAGGAAAAAAUUGCUCAGCUCAAAGCCAAAGCCAAUGACGAGAUGGGCACCACCAAGAUCUCAUCCUUGCAAGCACUCUUGGCUCAUCUUUGGGUUUCCAUAACCCGCACCAGGCAUCUCAACCCCGACCAAGAAAUCAAAUAUUGCUUACUAGUAGGCCUGAGGCAAAGAUUGCAGCCGCCAUUACCCGAUGAAUACCUUGGCAAUGCGGUUCUUUUUGGCACGGCCACAUCCACCGUGAGCGAUUUGCUCAACCGCGGACUAGGAUGGGUGGCUUUGGAAAUGAACAAGAUGAUUGCUUCAAAGACGAAAGAGGAUGCUAUAAAUUUUUUGAAGCAAUGGAUAGAGAGUCCAAAACUGGCCAAAUUGAAUGCUUUCGCAAGUGAUGACGCAUUGAGCACGGGAAGCUCGCCGCGGUUCAACGUGUAUGGUAACAACUUUGGUUGGGGAAGUCCUCUGGCAGUUAGAAGUGGUGCCGGGAACAAGUUCGAUGGGAAGUUGACGGUGUUUCCCGGGGCCGAAGAUGGAAGCAUUGAUUUUGAAGCUUGCCUCUCGCCGCAGACGCUGCACGCUUUGGCGGAGGACGAAGAGUUCAUGGCUAGUGUGGCUUGUUCUGGAAAUUAAUAAAGGUCGUCGGCCUUCACCAUGUGAUCAUCAGACCUCUACCAGUCUGUAGAAAC